AACUUCACAGUGUCCAUCUCAGACUCGGGUCCGACUCGUCUGUCGUGCGGUGCACUUGUCCAACUUUAUCCGGUGUCAGGAGCAGACAUACCGGAGGAAGUUACCGGCGUGGUUUCACAGCUUUUCCCCGGGUGGAAGUUUGUUACACGAGGUAACUUAUCCGAAAAUUGCUGGACCUGAAACUUUUUCCACCUCAGAAGACAGUUUGGGGAAGAAAGAAAAAUGGCAGACAACGAGCACGUCUCUUCCACCACUCCUCUGUUCGGCGACGAGGUGCACCACUACCAGCCCGAGCCGGACUCCGAGCAGGACAAGCCCAAACCGGACCUCUUCAGCAUGGAUGAUAUUGUGGACUUGGUCGGCGGGGCUCAGGACGCCUUGGACCGCCACUUAGCUGAAGACAGUGCGCCACGCGGCUUCACAGACGACUCCCUCGCGCUUCCAGAGGAGCCAGUAACGUUACCAGAGCCUGUCCACGUAACGGAACCGGAACCGGUGCCAGAGGUAAAAGAACCCGAACCGGAGCCCGACUCCACCAGCUUUUCUUUUGUUCCUGACACCCCUUCUUUAACCACCGAGGAGCCUGAAGUUGUCGCCCCCAAAGCUGAGCCCGAGAGCACGAAGAUCGUACCGGAGCCACAGGCUGCCCCCGAGCCCGAACCUGCCCCGGCGAGCGACGCCCUCCCAACGGCUGAACCCCGGAAAGCAGCCCCAGCCCCCGCAGAGACAGCAGAGCAACCUGCGGUGACAGAGGAACCACCGGCUCCAGCAUCUUAUGUACCUUCUCCUUCUAAAGCUCAGCCUCAUCCUCUGAUGCAAUUCCCUACAGCACUUGGGCAGAAGGGUGAUUCCCCUGCUCCCAUCUCUCCUAUCUCCCCUCUUCACUCCCCUGACUCUCUGGAGGAGCUCUCUCUGACCGAGAGUCCCAACCAGCCCCCUACUUCAGGAUUCGCUGCAUCCUUGGGCUCCUUCUCCACUGAACCCCCCACUACUCAUUCCAAGGACAUGCCUUGGGUGGGUGAAGAGGGUGACUCUGGACCGGGCCGUAGUAAGAUUAAGGAAGACCUUCUAGAUCCGUUAGCUGGUCCAUACCUGAGUUUAGGGAAAGACCCAGGGCCUCAUAACCCGUGUGAAGACAGCGGAAUUUCCUUUUCACCUGAGGAGAAGAUGAUUAGCUCAGACAGGUCCUCCACUGGCCCCUCCCCCGUGAAUCCCCAGAUGAAGGUCCCUGAGUCUCACCUUGCCUCCUCUAACCCAACAGAGCACUGGGAUUCACCAUUCCUAUCAUCUCAAGACAACUCCAAGGUCUCCAUGGAUACCUUCUCCAAGGACACAGCGCCCCUUAGCUCUUCCAGGUAUGAGCAAGACCUGCACGACAACCAGUCUGAUGAAGACGAUGACCUGAUGUAUGAGGUGAAGAAGAAUAAUAACCCAUUUGAAGGCUAUUCCCCACUGGCGGACAGUGGCUACUCCCAUUUUGGAGACUCCAAGUCCGACAGCAGGGCCUCAAAAAUGUCAGAGUCCCCCACUCCCGAUCUGGUCCAGUAUGGCCAGACUGGAGAAUCCCAGGAUACCCCACCAUCUUUCUUAGACGAGGGGAAAACAUUUGAGACGGGCAAGAUGGCGGCCGACUCGCUCAUGCAGUCAGCGAAUCAGUUCUCAUCUGGUCUGAAAGACGAUGAUGAAGAGGAAGAAGAGGAUUCUGCUUUGCCACCAUCGCUUCCGGACAUCCUGAAGUCUUCCCCUCUCAACCCCGACAAACUGGACUCCGGCUCCUCAGAGGGAAGCCCGGAGGAGCAGAGUCCCAUCCUUGAACGGAGGAUGAUGGAGUCACCCAACCCUCCAAUCAAUCUGUCAGCUAACAACCCGUUUGCCUUUGAUGCUAAAGUGUCACUCCUGAAAGAGAUGACUGAGGAGAUGGAAGUGAGAGCGGCCGACAAAGCAAAAGUGGAAGACGACAAGAGCUUUGGCGCCUUCGAUCUUGUCAAAGAGGCAGAGGAAACCACCCCCACCAAGGUCAAAGAAGAGGAACCAGUCAAGAUCGAGCAGAAAGAUUGGUUUUCAAGCCACGAUUCUCCCAAAAUGACCGAAAAGUUUGAGCCCCUUGACUUCCAGAGCAAAAAGACCCCCGCUGAGGAUUCAGAUUCAGAGUCGCCAACAGCAGACUCCCUGUCCCCGGUCCUAGAAGCAAUGGCCAAGAACCCCGCCAGCUUCCAGGUGGAAACUGAGAAGAUGGACCAGAAAAUGGAGGUGGAGGAACCAGAAGUAGCUGAGGAGGUCUCCGAGCAUGAAGUCUCCUCUGAGGAGUUUGAGUUCAUUGAGCGACCACCCAGAGGAGUCAUUGAUGAGUUUCUUGAGGCUCUGGAUACUUCCAAGUUUGCCUCCUCCAAGCCCCCAGAGAUCCCCAUGGAUGAUGAUCUAAGCUUUGGGCAGAAAGAUGUGGCUCCAGUUUCUGCUCCACCUGCAACAAAAGUAGCUCCACCUCCCCAGGUCGAAGAGGAGGCUCCAAGCCAGAGCUCCUACCGCCUCCUCACCCAAGCCUCCCCCCAGAAGAGCAAAGCCGAGCUGGAGAAGCUCGACAUUCAGCAGCCUCCAACCCAAGCUCCCCUCACCCACUCCCCUGUCGGCAAACCAGAGGAGGUGGUCGCUAAGAAGAGCGUGGAGGGCGACAAAGGGUUUAAGCUGCCAAACGUGAACAUAAAAGCAGUGGUGGAUCUCCUCUACUGGCGUGAUGUGAAGACCACGGGUGUGGUGUUCGGCGCCGCCCUGCUGCUCCUCCUUUCCCUGACGGUGUGCAGCAUCGUGAGCGUGUGCUCCUACAUCGGCCUGGCUCUGCUCUCAGUCACCAUCUGCUUCAGGAUAUACAAGGGCAUCCUGCAGGCCAUCCAGAAGUCAGAUGAGGGCCACCCAUUCAAGCAGUACCUGGACCAGGAGGUGGCACUGCCUGAGGAUACUGUCCACAAGUACAGCGACAUGUUUCUGGCCAAGCUCAACAAGAUCAUCGGUGAAUUAAGGCGCCUGUUCCUGGUCGAGGACCUGGUCGACUCCAUCAAGUUUGCUGUGUUGAUGUGGAUUCUGACCUACGUUGGCUCCUUGUUCAACGGUCUCACUAUUCUUAUUCUGGGUCUGAUCGCAGCGUUCACCUGCCCGAUCAUCUAUGAGAAACACCAGGCUCAGAUCGACCACUACCUGGCUCUGGUCAACAACCAGGUCAAAGACAUCGUUGGAAAGAUCCAGGCGAAGGUUCCUGGGAUGAAACGCAAAGCAGAGUGAAGUAACGACAAGUCAGAGUUUGGAUUCAGGAUGUCCUGAGAAGAGAGAUGGUUGGAGGGGAGGGUGUGUGGGUGGGUGAGGGAGGGCAGUCGGGGGGUGGAUAUGAAGGAAGGCUGGAGGAGGAGAGGAGGGGUCUGGCGUGGACGCAGCCCUUCUAACUUUAUUUGUCAAAAUAAUAAAAACACUUUUUUUUCCAGUUCAGAAUUCCUUUUUUUGUGUUUUCUGGAAAAGUUGAAGCAGGUCGGAGUUCAGCUGAGGUUCACGACACCGAGGUCGGCUCGACGAUGCACCUUUUUUUUAUAUGUAUGUAUCAAGUUUGAAAUGUUUGUUUCUGUGAAACUCACAGAAACACAUUUUAAUCUUGAAUCAACCCUCCCUCUACCCACCUAGUGCAUUGUGGGAGUUCAGACGCUCCCUCAGUUGGCUUCGGGUGUUCUUUAUUUUUUCGUUGUCGUCUUUUGAGCCGAACUGAGAGAUUUAUUUUUUCCUUCGUCUGCUGUUUUUUUGAGAAAGACCUGAGCAAGCAGCAAACAGCACCUCAUUUGUAUUUUCUCUUUUUUUGGUAUGAUUACUGAGUUAGAAGUAUUUUGUGAUUUUGCUGUUUAACUGAAACACCGUCGUGUCCCUCAAGCUUCGAGCUCGUUUCCUCGGUAACCUGCCGGUUUUGCCUCGACGUGACGGAUAUGUGAACGACGUCUUUGAGUCCUGAUGAGGCAGCGGGGGAGAGGUGGGGCGAAGGGGUGGGGGCUUGUACUACCAUUUAAAAACUUCAUCGCUUCUGAGUAACUCUAGCUAGAAACAUCUAGAAAACCUUUGCCAGACAAAUAAAACACAUUAAUUACAUCAAAGUCGUUAUUUCCAUGUCAUUUGCAGCUGUCUAGUAAUGAAAAACUCUGGAAGAAACACGUUUACAUUCAUCCACAUCAGAUAAAAUAAUAAAAAGUAAAAAAAAAAAAAAGAAAUGGGAUUUAAAGAAAAAAAUAAAUAACCAUACUGUCUGUGGAGCCAAUAUCUUAAUGAAGUUGCAACUUGAUGUGACUUUGAUAAACCUUCGAGCAUUUGUUUGUUAUGCAAGUAUAAUUGUGAAUGAUAAACUUCAUACUUCAAUUGUGACGAUAAAAAGCUUCCAGCCGGGAGCCGUGUUUGUGGAAUGCAUUGUGAGAUGUAAACAAUUAUCAAUAAAGCUUCUAGACGAAGAAAA